UCUCUGAGCCUAUGUUUGGUUUCCGAGAAAAUGUUGAAAAUUUUAAGAAACAUGAUUAGUUUUAAAUGUGGGUCUUCGUUUUUCCUUUGUUUGGGACCAGGGAAAUUCCACAAUUCGGCUUUCUUCAGUUGGGUUUUUCGUUUUUCUCUUUUCAUCUCCUUUUGGUGGCCGAGAAAAGGGAGGAAAGGACAAGAGAUUGAUAUUAUAAAUCCUAGGAUUUCAGAGAUCUCUCCGGCUGAACGGAGGAUUUUCAAUUUUUUUUCCUUUUCCUUUUCCUUUUCCACAUUUUUCUGAGGAACCAAAUGGACGGAAAAUCUCUGUUUGGUUUCCUAGAAAAUGUAGGAAACUAAACUAUGAAUCUUAGAUUUUUCUUUCUUUUGGUUGUUUGGGAGUUCAGGAAACAGAACCCCGUAAACUAUGUUUAAUAAAAAUAAAUCUUCAGUUAUGGUUUAGUUGUUUUAGAUUAUUGUUUCAGUGGAGGAAAUGUAUCACAAUUGGAGAUCUACAAGAGGUGUCAGUCAAGGGCUCUGUUAGGCUGCUGAGGAAGGGUAGAAAAAAAAACAAAUAUUCAACUAAGUCUAGCACAAGGCUGAGUUUUUAUCUCUUGGGAUGACCCAAAACUAGGGCAGUAUCUCUAAGCCCUGAGAAAGAGCCAGAAAGACAAAGAUGAAGUUCAAGGCUUUUCUUACAGACAAUGGUACCAGCCUCUUAGAAAAGAGGUUCCUACCAGCUCUAGACAAGAUGGGGAAGGUAUGCCAUCUCUACUUCACUAGAGACCACACAAUCUUCCUCCACAACCUCCUCAAUGGCGAUGGUGUCCAAUCCAUUGCCCAGUUCCGCAAAGAAGCUCUGUUUGAUAACUACCGUAUCUCCAGCCAGAAUGAUGACCGCAUUGCCUUCACCAUUGACCUCUCUCUCCUACAACGUGCCAUUCGUAGUAGUGUCAGUAUAUAUGCUGAAAUGGGUGGUGGUGAUGGUGUUGGCACUGGUUCAAAUCGCCUCCAAAUCAAGCUGGUCAAGAAAUUACCUCCUAAUUCUCACCAACCACUGCCCUUCCUCACCUUUGAGAGCAAAGGUUAUAAAUCUGCAGUGAUCCAAGACGUACCCAUCUCAAAACCUUUGUCUAGGGCUGAUGUUCUUGAGCUUCAGUCUGCACUUGAUAUGGCCCAAGAUCUGCCUCGAACUUUGGUUCAGGUUCCAGAUUUGAACCAGUUGCAGAACUAUGUGGAUCGGAUGAAGCAUGUAGGGGACUUGCUUAACAUCUCCAUUAGCAAAUAUGGGGAUCUACAUGUGCAGAUUUCAACUACUUUAAUCACACUUGGUGCCGAGUUUCGCAAGUUGCUGGUUGUUGGAGAACAAGUGGAAGUUCCAGCUGAGGAUCGAGAUUUGAGUGCACAGUCACGGACCCAAAGGGCAGUUCAGAGGGGAGAUGCUCAAACUGUGCAAGUGAGCAUGAAGCACUUUGCAAAGAGUCUUCAGUGUCACUUAGCGAAGCCAGAUUGUGCCUUCUAUGGCAUUGCCCAAGAGGGUGCUUGCUUGACAGUGAUAUUCCAGUUCUUCAUUCCUGGUUCGCGGCAAAAUGAUAAAUCAAUUAGCUUGCAUUGCAGGCUUCCUGUUCUAGACCCUGGCACAAGUUGAGGGCCAGUUGCAGACAAAGAUUUUCUGCAUUUGAUUGCAAUGUGACAGGGUCAGUCGUUUCUUGACAGCUUAGUUAAUGGUUUGAGUUGCAGGGUAACUCUCUCUGCAUCCAUAGUUUCCACAUGGUGCCCAUUGAACUUUUUUUUGGGCUCAUCUUCUUUGUACAUUUCUGUUGUGUGGUAAGUGUUGAUCAUCAAAAUGCAGUUGGGAAUUUUUUUCCACUUUUGCCUAUUUUCUUUAUUGGUGGCUCUCCUUACAAAUGCUAGUGUAUUGAAGUGUUGGUCAACAAGAUGCACAACCCAAUAUAUUGUCUCUCUUCAAAUGACAAGUUCAAUUCAUAUGUAGUUAGAUGAAUGGAAAUGUAACAGCUCACUAUCUUUCCCCAAUGGAUUUUCACAGUUGUAAAACGUGUUUACAUGGUCAAGUGGAGUUCAUUACA